AGUAGGAAAUCGACUAUAAAAGAGAUGCAGUAUACACAUCUGAAGAGAUACAGAACCAUAACACAUCAAAAGUGAUAGAGAAUCAUUACACAUCAGAAGAUAUGUCUCUUAAGGAGCUCUCGAACGAAGCCACGGUCUCAUCAGCGUCAGAGAUUAACAACAAUGACGACGAAGCCGUAGCUUCUCAAGGUGCACGGAAUCAAGAGACUGAAGAGGACUCAUCAGAAGAUAUGUCUCUUAAGGAGCUCUCGAACGAAGACACGGUCUCAUCAGCGUCAGAGAUUAACAACAAUGACGACGAAGCCGUAGCUUCUCAAGGUAAAUUCUUGACCCCUUUAAUUUGUUCAUUGUUAACUUGUGAAAACGAAACGAGUGCUUAUGGAUCUUCUUCUUUUUCUUGUUUCUUUUCCGGGUGUAAAUGCACUGAAUGAAGAGACUGAAGAGGACUCAUCAGAAGACACGGCCUCAUCAGUAGCCUCUCAAGAUGACGUGAAUGAAGAGACUGAAGAGGUCUGGCCAGAAAAGAUGACUGUCGAGAUUCUCGUCAGUAAAACUGAAUCUAUACAAGGCAAACUGUUUCGCAAAAAGUCCCAGGUGAAACAACAUGAAGAACUUGACUGGGAAAGAAAAUGCCUUAUGAAAGAUACAUCUGUUGGUAACAGACGUAAACUAGAUCAAUUGGUUCGCCGAUUCGCACUUGCCCCCCAUCUGAGCGAUCAACAAGAGCUUCAAAAAUGCUUAGUAAGACAACAUGAAAUUGAGAAGGUGAUGGGUGAUGAAUUCAAAAAUCUUCCAGAAGAUGCCUCCCAUGAGAGCGAAGAAAAAAAAACGGAUAUGAAGGAGGGUUACUUCAAGGUUAUGGAGAAAAGCCAAAAUGCCCUGCUUGACAAAUUCUCCGAGAUAAAGGAACACCAACAAUUAAUAGCAGCAAACCGAAGGAGCAUCCUUAAUCUCUUUCCUAAGUACAAAUCUCUAGUAGAUGAAAUUAAAGGCCGACUCGCCAACCAAGGGAUCGAAGAAGAAAUCUUACCAGUAAAACCAAGGAUUGAGGCCGUCCUCUUGGAGUUCAAAAAACUAGAAGAUCAACUGAAUAUCCCAUGCUUCGAGGCCUCCCACUUGGAUCAAAUGCUGAAAGAGAUAUUACACGCAACGGACCCCGUGCUUGAACCCGAAGAUGAGGUGAAACACAUGAUCGCUAACUCCGCUCGCCUACAAGCGAGAAACAAUGACGCCUUCUCUAAGUUCGAGCAUUUUAGUAAAGCCAUAAGCGGCGGUGAGGCCGACGCCGUGCGUAACUUUUUAAGCAACGGCCAAUUUUUGAUUACUGAAAGGAUUAGUGCGACAGAAACGCUAAUUCACAGAGCUUGUAGCUGUGGGCACGAAGAGAUUGUGAAGGCGAUGUUAGAUAGAAUGGAUGAUACUGACAAAGUUAAGCUCGACUGGAAACUCCUAUACAUGGUUAUUGCAAACGGGAACCUGGAAAUAACGAAGGCGCUGCUUGAGAAGAAACCUGCCUAUUCCGAAACCCCCAUGAAUAAAGAUGGGAUGUUGCCCUGUUGGUUUAAGCUUGAAGGCUAAACCGGAAUUUACUUGAACCGCAAGAUAUCGGUUUAAUAAGAUAAAGUUAAGAUCUUUUAGGAGUUAUCUAGAAGAUUCACGAGAGUCAUAAUCGAGUUAGGAUUAGGUCUAAGUCUCGAGUCUAUAUAAGCAUAUACCGAGCUUGUGGUAUAGCUUAUGAGUUGAGAGAGAGAUUUGAGUUUGAGAGAU